AUGCCUCUCAUCGUCCCAACCCGCAUCAAGCCCAGGGUGAUCCUGGGCCUCAUGACGUUUGGCCCGAGCAAGGAGGCCGGCGCGCGCAUCACGGACGAGGCGACGCUGGGCCGGGCUCUGGACACGCUGCGGGAGCGCGGCUACGAUGAGAUCGACACGGCGCGCAUCUACGUCGACGGCCAGCAGGAGGCGUUUACGCGGGCGGCGGGCUGGAAGGACCGGGGCUUCACGCUGGCGACCAAGGUCGAGUAUCCGCAGACGCCGGGGGCCAACAACGCCAAGGCGGUGGUUGAGUCUGUGGAGAAGAGCCUGAAGGAGCUGGGCACCGAUUGCGUCGAUAUCCUCUACCUCCACUGCCCCGAUCGCGGCACGCCGUUCGCCGAGACGCUCGAGGCGAUCAACGAGCUGCACCGGGCGGGCAAGUUUGUGCGCCUGGGCCUGAGCAACUUUGCCGCGCACGAGGUGGCCGAGGUGGUGCUGACGUGCAAGUACAACGGGUGGGUGCGGCCGACGGUGUACCAGGCCAUGUACAACUGCAUCACGCGGCACGUCGAGCGGGAGCUGUUCGUCGCGUGCCGGCGGUACGGGCUCGACAUCGUGGUGUACAACCCGCUGGCGGGCGGGCUGUUCUCGGGCAAGGUGCGGUCGCGGGACGCGGUGCCGGAGAGCGGGCGCUUCUCGGACGAGGCGGGCGCGCUGGGCGGGCGGUACCGCGCGCGGUACUUCAAGGACGGCGUGUUCCGCGCGCUGCAGCUGGCCGAGGCGGCGGCGGACGCGCACGGGCUGACGCUGAUCGAGACGGCGCUGCGGUGGACGGUGCACCACUCGGCGCUGCGGGUGGUCGGCGGAGGGAACGACGGCGUCAUCGUGGGCGUGUCGAGCGUGGAGCAGCUGGAGAGCAACCUGGCGGACCUGGAGAAGGGGCCCCUGCCGGAGGAGGUGGUGAGGGCGCUGGACGAGGCGUGGGAGGCGGCGCAGCAGGAUGCGGCGCCGUACUGGCAUGGCACGCUGGAGUACACGUACGACACGCAAAAGGCGCUGUUUGCUCCGGGGGCCAAGUAA